CUAUAAAACAAAACAAAAACUAUUGUUAAGAAACAACUGCGUUCCCCACAAUCUAGUACCUGAAAAUCCAUUGGCUUUCUCUCUCUCUCUCUCUAUCUCUCUCUCAACACACAUCAAAUAAAUAUAUACACUUCUUUCCCAUAUUUUUCAUAGACACAAUCUUAGCCUUCAUCAAAGUCUAAUUUUUCUUCUCUAAAUCUCUUAUUUUCUCAAUUGGGUCUUUGAAAAAUUUUCAUUAAAAAUGCGGAUGAGUUGCAACGGUUGUAGAGUACUAAGAAAAGGUUGCAGUGAAAACUGUAGCAUAAGACCUUGUUUGCAAUGGAUCAAAAGCCCUGAAUCACAGGCUAAUGCCACCGUGUUUCUCGCCAAAUUCUACGGUCGUGCUGGUCUCAUGAACCUUGUUAACGCUGGUCCCGAACAUCUUCGUCCAGCAAUUUUUCGUUCGUUGUUGUACGAAGCAUGUGGUCGAAUAGUGAACCCAAUUUACGGUUCAGUCGGUUUAUUAUGGUCCGGAAGCUGGCAGCUAUGUCAAGCCGCGGUGGAAGCCGUUUUGAAAGGCGCACCGAUCACGCCGAUAACUUCGGAAGCAGCUGCUAACGGGAGGGGCCCACCACUCAAAGCCUAUGACAUCCGCCAUGUGUCGAAGGAGGAAAACUCAGCCGCGUCGACUGAGUUGACUCAACAACGAGUCAAGCCUCGGUCGCGUAAGCGGUCGAGUUUAGCCAAGCUGAAAAUACAAGAAGAGGAAAAGAGUAGUAAUGAUAACAAGGGAGUUGAAUCCGGUUCAACUGAACCGACCGGUUCGGUUGAACCGGUUGAAGAGGUGAUGAACCGGUCAGUGAGUCAUGAGUCGUCGAUUAGCCACCAGUCUGAGGCGGUUGCGGUGGUGGAUGGAGAGAGUAAAGAUAGCGAGAGUGAAACUUCGAUGAUCUUAUUUAGAGAUGAACCGGAGUUGGACCGAAAAAUGAAGCCGGCUGACCGAACCGGUGAGAAUGGAGAGGAAAAGGUUGGUUUGGAGCUGACUCUUGGGCUUGAACCGGUUUCACGUGUUUACCAUGUGGUUCCUGUGAAGAAAAGAAGGGUUGUAUUGAAGGAUUGUGGUGUUGGCUCAUGGAAUGUGGAGUUGGGGCUUCAAUAUCCGGCUUAGACCGGGUUUGACUUGGUUCGGUUUUGGUUCAGUUUUGACUUAAGCGGCUUUUUCUCUCAUUUGUACAAGAGACAAGAGAUUAUAAGAACCGUUUCUUGUUUAGUUUUUUAAUUAGAACCUUUUAAUAACUUUUUGUUGUUUACAUUUUGGGUUUAAUUAGCUUUUUCUAUUUAUCAGAAAAUGUGAAUCUGUCCAAACUAUGUAGAUGAGAAAGUACAUUUGGAAAUUGAAAGCAUCAAGUUGUUACAA